UAUCGGACAGAAAGCCGAAGAUAUUUUGAAAUGUUUGUUUAUUUUGUUCUAACAAGAAAGAUUUCUUAUUAUUUGCAUAUUCUGUGAUAAACUGAAAGAAAUAUAGUGGUGAAUGUAUACUACAUUGAAAUAUUUAUUAUAACUAUUAAUUAAAAUACGCUGUAAUGGUAAGCUGUGCUGUAGCAAGUUGCAGGAAUACUUCGGCGAAAAUAUCUAAAAAUAAAGAUGGAAUUACAUUCCAUAGGUUUCCUCGAGAUAAAGAAAGAAGGAAGCAAUGGGAGUUAGCAGUGAACAGAGAAGAGGAAUGGUCUUCAACUGCCUCCAGUGCCGUUUGCUCUGAACAUUUUGAGACUAAAGACUUUUACUUGACAGAGAGUGGGCUCAGGCGCUUGUCUGUAGAAGCUGUCCCAGCUAUUAAUAUUUCUCCAUGUCAAGAACCAGAGCCAACAAUAUCCCGUGUUCAGCCUGUUGACAUACAACCCACAGAUUCUGAAGAAGUAAUACAACUCAAAUACAAAGUCCACAGAUUAGAAAUAAUAGCAGAGAAAAGAAAGAAAAGACUGAACCUCAUGUGGCAAGGAAAGAGAAGACUGCGGAAGAAGUUGGAAAGAAUGAAAUGUUUGGUCAAACAUUUGAUCAAAAAUAAAAAAGAAAAUGGCGGUUAUAGCUGAAAUAUGGAUAACAUUUUAAUGAGAUAUUGACUAUACAUAUAUUAAUGAGUAUUAAUUAAUGAGCAAGAGUACUAAAAGAUUUAAGUACCUACUUUAAUGGUUGUAAAUAUUGAACUGAAGUUUUACUUAAGUUUUAGUUUUUACCUAAUUUGUAAUACUAUGGCUAUUAUCAACAAUUAUGUACACUAUUGACACUUUUUAUUAAUAUUAUGACU